AUGGCUAGUUCAUUAAUUCGACAUUUUGCUCGUCCAGUUUUAAUAACAGGCAAAGGAUUAUUUUCUGCGGCUACACAACGAAGUAUUCCUGCAAGUUCAAUUCUUUUUCAUCGAACUCAAGCAACAGCAACACCACCAGCAUCAACAACAACAACAAAUGCUCCUGCUCCAAAUCUUAUUCGUGUGAAUGUAGAACAACGUAAAGCUUUAGUUGAUUUUGGUCAAUAUGUUGCUGAAUGUUUACCACGUUUUGUACAACAUGUACAAAUGUCAUCAACCAAUGAACUUGAAAUAUUAAUUCAUCCCGAUGGAUUAUUUUCGGUUAUCGCUUUUCUUAAAGAUCAUACAAAUGCUCAAUUUAGUUCGUUAGCGGACAUUACUGCUAUUGAUGUACCAACACGAACAUAUCGAUUUGAGCUUGUUUACAAUUUACUUUCACUUCGUUUCAAUUCACGUGUUCGUGUUAAAACAUAUACUGAUGAAAUGACACCGGUAGCAAGUAUAUGUGAUCUUUAUGAUGCUGCUAAUUGGAUGGAACGAGAGGUUUGGGAUAUGUAUGGUGUUUAUUUUACUAAUCAUCCUGAUCUUCGUCGUAUUUUAACUGAUUAUGGUUUUGAAGGUCAUCCCAUGCGUAAAGAUUUUCCUCUACCAGGUUAUACUGAAGUUCGUUAUGAUGAAGAACAGAGACGUGUUGUUAUUGAACCCAUUGAAUUAACACAAGAUUAUCGUAAAUUUGAUUUAAGUACACCAUGGGAAACAUUUCCAAAAUUUCGCAAUGCUGUUCAUGAUGAUGCUAAACAACGUCAAGAAUCUAAAACACCUGAACUUUCUAAACCAUCAACUGGCAGUAACACUGAAAAUAAAAAAUAA